AUGGCUCGAUCACGAAGCACAUUCGCUUUGGGCCUUGGGCUCCUUUGUUGGAUUACCCUGCUCUUUUCUCCCCUGGCUUUCGUCAAGCCGGUCCAGGCCGACGUAUCUGAAUAUGGCACUGUCAUUGGUAUUGAUUUGGGCACGACCUACAGCUGUGUCGGUGUGAUGCAAAAGGGCCACGUCGAGAUUAUCUUGAACGAUCAGGGUAACCGAAUUACUCCUUCUUAUGUCGCCUUCACUGAUGAGGAGCGUCUUGUCGGUGACGCGGCCAAGUACCAGGCCGCCGGUAACCCUGAACGAACUAUUUUUGACGUCAAGCGUCUGAUUGGCCGAAAAUUCAGUGACAAAAACGUCCAGGCCGAUCUCAAACACUUCCCUUACAAGGUUGUCGCCGAGGACGGCAAGCCCGUCGUCCAGGUUGAUGUCCAGGGCACUCCGAAGACUUUCACCCCUGAGGAAGUUUCCGCCAUGAUUUUGGGUAAAAUGAAGGAUGUUGCCGAGUCUUACUUGGGCAAGAAGGUCACCCAUGCCGUUGUUACUGUUCCUGCCUACUUCAAUGAUGCCCAACGUCAGGCUACCAAGGAUGCGGGUACGAUCGCCGGUCUCAAUGUCCUCAGAGUUGUCAACGAACCCACCGCUGCUGCCAUUGCCUAUGGACUGGACAAGACCGAGGGCGAACGCCAUAUCAUUGUGUACGAUCUUGGUGGUGGUACUUUCGAUGUCUCUCUUCUUUCCAUCGACCAGGGUGUUUUCGAGGUCUUGGCUACUGCCGGUGAUACCCAUCUUGGUGGUGAGGAUUUCGACCAGCGCAUCAUCGACUACCUCGCCAAGAACUUCAACAAGAAGCACGACGUCAAUAUUACCAAGAAUAAGAAGGCCAUGGGUAAACUCAAGCGUGAGGUGGAGAAGGCCAAGCGUGACCUUUCAUCCCAGAUGCUCACUCGCAUUGAAAUAGAUGCCUUCUUCGAGGGCAAUGACUUCUCUGAGCCCCUGACUCGCGCCAAGUUCGAGGAGCUGAACAAGGAUCUCUUCAAGAAGACCCUGAAGCCUGUCGAGCAGGUUCUCAAGGACGCCAAAAUGAAGAAGUCCGAGAUCGAUGAUAUUGUUCUUGUCGGUGGUUCUACUCGUAUCCCCAAGGUUCAGGCUCUCGUUGAAGAGUAUUUUGGCAAGAAGGCCUCCAAGAAGGUCAACCCCGACGAGGCUGUCGCUUUCGGUGCCUCUGUUCAGGCUGGUAUUCUGUCCGGAGAGGAGGGUACCGAGGAACUUCUUCUCAUGGAUGUCAACCCUCUUACUCUCGGUAUUGAGACCACUGGUGGAGUCAUGACCAAGUUGAUUCCCCGCAACACCGCCAUCCCUACUCGCAAGAGCCAGAUUUUCUCUACUGCUGCUGAUAACCAGCCUGUGGUCCUGAUUCAGGUCUACGAGGGUGAGCGAUCUCUGACCAAGGACAAUAACCUUCUUGGCAAGUUUGAUCUUACUGGCAUCCCCCCCUCGCCUCGUGGUGUUCCCCAGAUUGAGGUCUCCUUUGAGCUUGAUGCCAACGGUAUCCUUAAGGUCUCAGCCCACGACAAGGGCACUGGCAAGCAGGAGUCCAUCACCAUCACCAACGAUAAGGGCCGUCUUACCCAGGAGGAAAUCGACCGCAUGGUUGCUGAGGCCGAGAAGUACGCCGAGGAGGACAAGGCUACCCGUGAGCGCAUUGAAGCUCGCAACAGUCUCGAGACCUACGCUUUCAGCCUCAAGAACCAGGUCAACGAUGCCGAGGGUCUUGGUGGCAAGAUUGACGAGGAAGACAAGGAAACUAUUCUCGACGCCGUUAAGGAGGCUACUGAGUGGCUCGACGAGCACGGUGCCGACGCUUCCGCCGAGGACUUCGAGGAGCAGAAGGAGAAGCUGUCCAACGUGGCGUAUCCUAUUACCUCCAAGAUGUACGGUGGUGAUGCUCCUGGCAGCCAGGAGGAAGAGUCUGAUUUCCACGAUGAACUCCCGCGAUACCAAACCUUGUUCCACUCUUCUCACACAACAACCAAGUUUACGUGCGAAAUGGGCAGCACGGCAGGGACAGAGUUCCUGGGCUCAAUACAAAAUGUGUUUGAGGAGGCUCAGGGACAGGGCUUCAGUUCGGUAACGGAAUUCCGCAAGGUGACAGGCAGCAUACUCAAGUUUCUUAGGGCGUGCAGAAAGAUGACGGGUGCCAGAGCCCGUGCCAGCUGUCCGAUCUGCUUGCCAGAUGGUCGCAAUGUCAGAACGCACGUGGCAUUGCCUCCGACAGCCCUGAAGCUCAACAGAGAAACGACCAGGAGACUGCGCGAGGCACACUCCUCUAAUGAGUUUUGCGGUAUUUUGCUCUCACAAGUACACGAACAACUACAUGCCAAACGAUCAGACUUGGGCAAGGGAGGAGGGAACAUGACAACGUCUGCCGGUUCUCGGAGGCCAAUUUCGAAAAAGAAGAGAGCAUCGAAGCGUUCACCUGAGCCAACACCGAAUCCGCCGUCGGCAAAGAAGGCACGCCGACGUCACAAAACAGUUCAGACACCGCCAGGAUCUGGAAAUCAUGACCACAAGGCCGGGGCGAGCCGCACGGCGGGUGAUGGCGAUGGAGUUGCUGUAUCAAUGACGCCGGUAUCUGCGAUUGGCUUCAAACAGAGACCAGGGGCCGUUGUUACCAAGACGCAAACGGGUGAGAAGACGGAAAGGGCUACGCAUCGACAGCUCACGAAGUCGCCGACAAAAGCACCACGCCCAGCGAAAUCGUCCGCUAGCCCAGAAAACGCAGAAAUGGUUGCCGUAAGGAACUACGGCCCUUUGACACCAGUCAAGCGGCUCAGAAUUGUCCUUCCAAAGAGAAAGCGGGAGCCUGAGCAACAACAGGUUAUCCAGCAGCAGCAGCAGCAGCAGAAACAGGCAGCUCCAUCUACAAUCACUUCACAAGACGAUGGCCCGUAUUCCGAUAGCUCGAGUGACGAAAGGGAAUCAAUGUCAGAUAUAUCUGAAAUAUCGGACUGCAUGAUUCCAAUGGACAUGGACCCUUCCGAAGACGUGGCCCGGGAGAAGACAAAGGAGAGAGGCCUUCAAAUGGCACAAAAGGUGAGCUACCUGGACUACAACUACGAGAACCAAGGCCCCGGAGUGGAUAGGCUUUUGCGCAUUGCAGAGCUCUGCUCGGUCAUUGCAGAGACCCUGGGCCCGGAGGACGAGGUCGUGGACUACGAGACGCGCAAUCGCUGGAUCAAGGAGAAGAACGAGGACAUCAACAGCCUGAAGAUGUUGUUCGAGGGCAUAGACUUCAAUGCCUAG